AUGUCUCUCACUAAGGAACGCUCUCCUAGGGUUUCUCCUCAAGAAGAGGAUCUCAUGAAUCACAGUACAAAGAAAGUCAAAACACACAACGAUGCUGAACUAGGUGAUAACGUUAACCGAAUUCAACCAGCUAUGGAUGUGGAGUUGGGUAAUGAAAACCAACAAUCAUCUUUGACAACGCGAAAAGUCUCGUAUAAGGAUUCUCUAGUGGCUCUUGGGAAUUCGUCUAUGGCUGAGGACGAUAUCGAUGAGAACGAUCCAAAUUCAGAAGACAAGUGGUAUAAAGAUAAAGAAUCGAAUGGGAGGGAAGAGAAGCCAUUUGACCUUUGUCCGGUUAUUCCCGUUUCAAAAGAAGAAUUCGAGGAAUGGUGCAAGCCAUGGCAAGCAGCGCUGAUUGUGAAGGUUCUUGGGAAAAGAGUCAAUCUUGGCUUCAUAGAACAUCGUUUAAAUAGAGAUUGGGAAAGGAAAAGUAAGAUCAAUGUUAUAGACAUGGAUCGUGAUUAUUUUCUUGUUCACUUUACAGAGGAGGAAGACUACUCGCAUGCAUUGCUUGGAGGACCGUGGAUGGUGGCAGGACACUACCUUAUUGUUCAGAGGUGGCGGCCUUUCUUUUUGGAGUCCGAAAAAGCAGUGAAAAAAGUGGCAGCUUGGGUUCGUAUACCCAAUCUACCAAUAGAGCUCUACAACCACAGGUUUCUAUGGAGAGUUGGAUAUGCUAUUGGCACAAUGCUGAAGGUCGACAGAACAACAUCAAUACAUUUUCGAGGGAAGUUUGCUAGAAUUUGUGUCGAAAUUGAUUUAACCAAAAAGCUGGUACCUAGAAUCUCGAUUCUGGGAGCAUGUUGA